CCAGCUCCUAUGCUUGCCCCAGGAUCAUUCUCUCUGUCUGGUGAAAGCAUGGCGACCAAGGUGGACAUCAGGGUGAGUGGAGUGCAGCAGGCCAGAGUGGCAGCAGCGAGGGAGCACACCCUGGCUGUGACCAGAGACUACAUCAGCCAGCCCCGAAUCACGUACAAGACCGUGUGUGCUGUGAACGGGCCGCUGGUCAUCCUGGACAAUGUGAAGUUCUCCAAGUUUGCAGAGAUUGUGAAUUUCACCCUCCCUGACGGGACAGUGAGGAGUGGACAGGUGCUGGAGGUGUCCGGAUCCAAAGCCAUUGUGCAGGUAUUUGAAGGGACCUCUGGCAUCGACGUCAGGAAGACUACAUGCGAGUUCACUGGAGAUAUUCUCCGCACACCUGUUUCUGAGGACAUGCUGGGUCGCAUUUUUAAUGGAUCCGGGAAGCCAAUCGACAAGGGUCCUUCUGUGCUGGCUGAGGAUUUCCUUGAUAUCAAUGGUCAGCCCAUCAACCCCCAGAUGCGCAUCUACCCUGAGGAGAUGAUUCAGACUGGCAUCUCUCCCAUCGACGUCAUGAACAGCAUUGCUCGUGGACAGAAGAUCCCCAUUUUCUCUGCAGCAGGGCUUCCUCACAACGAGAUUGCAGCUCAGAUCUGCAGGCAGGCUGGUCUGGUGAAGCAGCACAAAGGCGUGAUGGAUCACCAUGAGGAUAACUUUGCCAUUGUCUUUGCAGCGAUGGGUGUCAACAUGGAAACUGCUCGCUUCUUCAAGUCAGACUUUGAGGAGAACGGCACCAUGGACAACGUGUGUCUCUUCCUGAACCUUGCCAACGAUCCCACCAUUGAGCGCAUCAUCACCCCGCGCCUGGCCCUCACCACGGCGGAGUUCCUGGCGUACCAGUGUGAGAAGCACGUCCUGGUCAUCCUGACAGAUAUGAGCUCAUAUGCCGAGGCGCUGCGAGAGGUGUCGGCGGCUCGUGAGGAGGUACCUGGUCGCCGUGGUUUCCCAGGCUACAUGUACACUGACUUGGCCACGAUCUACGAACGAGCCGGCCGAGUGGAAGGCAGGAACGGCUCCAUCACUCAGAUCCCUAUCCUCACCAUGCCCAACGAUGAUAUUACCCAUCCCAUUCCGGACUUGACUGGUUUCAUCACAGAGGGGCAGAUCUACGUUGACAGACAGCUGCACAACAGGCAGAUCUACCCCCCGAUCAAUGUGCUGCCGUCACUGUCCCGUCUCAUGAAGUCUGCCAUUGGAGAGGGCAUGACCAGGAAGGACCACUCCGACAUCUCCAACCAGCUGUAUGCCUGCUAUGCGAUCGGCAAGGACGUGCAAGCCAUGAAGGCCGUGGUGGGGGAGGAGGCCCUGAGUGAUGAUGACCUGCUCUACCUGGAAUUUCUGCAAAAGUUUGAGAAGCAGUUCAUCGCCCAGGGCCCCUAUGAGAAGCGCACAGUGUUCGACUCGCUGGAUAUCGGCUGGCAGCUCUUGAGGAUCUUCCCCAAAGAGAUGCUGAAGAGAAUCCCAGAAAACAUCUUGUCUGAGUACUACCCGCGGGAGACCAAGGAACCCAGCCAAGACUGACCUGACCUACACACUGCACUCAUAUACUGACACACAACCAGAUACAGCAGGACUGACCCCACCCACACCACUAUACUGACACAAAAACAGAUGCAGCAGGACUGACCCGACCCACACCACUAUACUGACACACAACCAGAUACAGCAGGACUGACCCGACCCACACCACUAUACUGACACACAACCAGAUACAGCAGGACUGACCCGACCCACACCACUGUAC